AACUGCCUUCAGAUUUUUUAGUGUUUUUUAAACUCAAUAAACCACAUCCAACGGUUUAGGGUUUUGGUGUUGCUUGGUAGUCGUUGAUCAAAACUGAGGGAAAAUUAAACGCUCUCUUCUUUGAAACACAAAAACUUCAUCUUCUUCCUCUGCACAUGCAAGGAAAUCAUUCCAACCCAAUUUCUCUCCUUUGUGUGCCGUCAAUUAUUGUGUGUGUGUGGCCACAGUGAGAGCAAGUGUAGAGGAGUCAUUCUUUGGCUCAAUGUUCUAUCUCAGUAGAAUUGAACACAAAUUGUCCCUGCCUCCUACUCGGCUUGUUCUUCCCAUUCGAGAAGCUAUACACAUGGAGCUUGAGAAACUUUUCCUAGAUAAAGUUAUAGCAAACUUGGGCCUUUGCAUUUCCGUCUAUGAUAUCAGAUCCAUUGAUGGUGGAUUUAUCUUCGCUGGUGAUGGGGCUCCAACCUUUACGGUUGUGUUCAAUUUGAUUAUGUUUCGACCAUUCGUGGGGGAGAUUAUUACUGCAAAGCUUUUUUCAUCUGAUGCGGAUGGCUUACGAUUAACCCUUGGAUUCUUUGAUGAUAUAUAUGUUCCUGCACAUCAUCUGCCAUACCCCAACCACUUUGUGGCUGAACAAGUAAAUAGCAAGAAAGGCGUAUGGUUUUGGGAUUUUAAUGACCAAUCAUAUCCCAUUGAAGAUACUGACGUGAUCAAAUUCCGAGUUCAAAAUGUGAGCUACCCACCAAUUCCGGUUGAGCAACCAAAAGAAUCAAAGCCAUUUGCUCCUAUGUUGGUUACUGGAUCAUUAGACCAUGAUGGUCUAGGUCCUAUUUCUUGGUGGUUUGCUGAAGAGCUUGAGGAAGAGGUUGAAAACGAGUAAAGAUGUUUUUCACAUGUUAUUUGGAAGGGUUUUAGCCCUUAAAUGGGCUUCUUCGAAGAGGUUAGUCUCUGGCCAACCGUUGGAGGAUUUCGUAGGCCACCAAAAAUAUGUUUUUAACAUUAUUGUAACUUAACAACACUGGAUAUACUUUUGUUCAAUUCCUUUGCCUUCUAAUUUAUUAUUAGAACCAUUGUUUGCCUUUUGAUUCCAGCAUAUUGAGUACUUGCAACACAGAAGAGGAAAAGUGUUUAUAGAUUUGCUUUCUGUAUCCAUAAUUUAAGUCUUUCAUAGGUAAGUGUAUUAAAUAUUGAUUGAUAAUCAUAAUUUGAUAUAUACAAAGAGGAGGCUGGCAAUU